AUGGCUACCCCCAUCUCCCAGCCCGUCCCCCCGUCCUGGAAGGACCUUGGCAAGGCCGCCAACGACCUUCUGUCCAAGGACUACCCCAUCCACGGCAGCUCGCUCGAGGUCAAGACCAAGACGCCCAACGGUGUCACGUUCCGCGUCCUCGGCCUGCGCGACAACAAGACCCAGGCCAUCAACGGCGACCUCGAGGCCAAGUGGGAGGACAGGAAGAACGGCGUCACCUUCACCCAGGCCUGGUCCACCGCCAACGUCCUCAGGAACCACAUUGAGCUCGAGAACCACAUCGCCAAGGGCCUCAAGCUCGAGCUUGUCUCGACCCUCGUCCCCGAGAAGCAGGCCAAGAACGCCCUCUUCGCCUCGACCUACAAGCAGCCCGGCCUGCACACUCGCCAGCACCUCGACCUCUUCAAGGGCCCCACCUUCACCGCCGACGCCGUCCUCGGCCGUGACGGCUUCCUUGCCGGUGCCGAGGCCUCGUACGACGUCCGCGAGGGCAAGCUGAGCCGCUACAACCUGGCCGCCGGCUUCCACGCCCCCGACUACGCCGUCACCCUCCACGGCCUGGGCAACCUGAGCACCUACUCGGCCAGCUACUACCACCGCGUCAACGCCGACACCGAGGCCGGCGCGCGUGCCACGUACGACUCCAAGAGCCCCAACUCGAACGUCAACCUCGAGGUCGGCACCAAGACCUACCUCGACAACGCCGCCUUUGUCAAGGCCAAGAUCAACAACGCCGGCAUCCUCUGCCUCGGCUACACCCAGGCGCUGCGACCCGGCGUCAAGUCGUCGUUCGGCCUCGCCCUCGACACGGGCAAGCUCAGCGACUCGCAGGCCUCGGCCAGCGCCCACAAGCUCGGCGCCUCGGUCACCUUUGAGGCCUAA